AUGACUCUACGAGAUUCAGAUCAAGUUGUGCUGGUCAGCAGCCGCUGCUCCUGUGUCGCUGGCACUGGUAUGUGCAACCAUCUGGUUGCACUUCUAUAUCAGACAGCUCAUUACUCAGAGUGCAGUAUGCCUGUGGUCCCUCCGGUUCUGACUUGCACAGAGACUGAACAGAGAUGGCAUGAACCCAGAACAAUAGUUAGUAUUUAGCCUGCCUUUGUGAUUAAUAUAAUAUUUGAUUGCAACUGGUUGUUUACUAACAGCUUGUAAUACUGCAUAUAGGGGGUGAAGCCAGGACCUGUGUAUGACAUGGUUGUGCUGAAACCCAAAAUAGAUGGGACCUCCAAAAUUGGCAUUAGGUAUGCAAAAGGAGUUCAACCUCCAAUUGGAAGGGUAGACCAAGUUUAAAUAACCUAUGAUGUGUCGUGUGUGUGUUUCGUGAUGCAAUGGGUGUGCAGAUAUUCAUGUGACCCAUCUGUAAUAUCCUUGUGGUGCCAGAAACCCACAGAUAGAUGAUACAUUCAUGGUCUAACAAUAUAGAAAGUUACAUUUACAUACAGCUGAAGUCGGAAGUUUAAAUGUAGUUGGCUAAGGUGUAUGUAAACUCAGUUUUUCACAAUUCCUGACAUUUAAUCCUAGUAAAAAUGCCCUGUCUUAAGUCAGUUAGGAUCACCACUUUAUUUUAAGAAUGUGAAAUGUCAGAAUAAUAGUAGAGAGAAUUAUUUAUUUCAGAUUUUAUUUAUUUCAUCACAUUCCCAGUGGGUGAAAAGUUUACAUACACUCAAUUAGUAUUUGGUAGCAUUGCCUUUAAAUUGUUUAACUUGGGUCAAACGUUUCAGGUAGCCUUCCACAAGCUUCCCACAAUAAGUUGGAUGAAUGUUGGCCCAUUCCUCCUGACAGAGCUGGUGUAACUGAGUCAGGUUUGUAGGCCUCCUUGCUCGCACACGCUUUUUCAGAUCUGCCCACAAAUUUUCUAUAGGAUUGAGGUCAGGGCUUUGUGAUGGCCACUCCAAUACCUCGACUUUGUUGUCCUUAAGCCAUUUUGCCACAACUUUGGAAGUAUGCUUGGGGUCAUUGUCCAUUUGGAAGACCAGUUUGCGACCAAGCUUUAACUUCCUGACUGAUGUUGUCACGAUCGUCCAACAGAGAUGAGGACCAAGGCGCAGCGUUGCAGGCAAACAUACUCUUUAUAUAGCGUCAAAUGACCAAAACAACAAAACGAUAUCGUGACAGUUCACGGUCUAACACAAACCGACUGGAAACAAAAUCCCACAAACACGAAUGAAAAACAGACUGUAUAAAUAUGGCUCCCAAUCAGAGACAGCCAGCAACACCUGACACUCGUUGCCUCUGAUUGGGAGCCACUCUGGCCAACAUAGAAAUAGCACCCAUAGAAACAAAACACAUUGAUCUACACACCCUGGCUCAACAUAACAGCGUCCCCAGAGCCAGGGCGUGACAGUACCCCCCCCUAAAGGCGCGGACUCCGACCGCGUCAACCAAAUACCACAGGGGAGGGACCGGGUGGGCACUCCGCCUAGGCGGCGGAUCCGGCUCCGGGCCUGAUCCCCGCUCCCUCUCCAACCCCCCAAAGUACCCCUGGUCCGGUCUGACCCCGCUGGCCGGAGCUGGACUGCACACUGAUGGAGCGGAUUGCUCUAGCCCCGGCGUAAAACAUCUGACCAGUGCCGAACCAGGCACCAGUGGAACAGGCACGGGCCGUGCCGGACUGACGACGCCCACCACUGGCUUGGUGUGGAGAACAGGCACGGGCCGUGCUGGACUGACAACGCACACCACUGGCUUGGUGUGAGGAGCAGGAGUGAGCCGAACCGGGCCGACGAAACGCACCACUGACUUGGAGCGGGGAGCAGGAACGGGCCGAGCCGGGCUGACGAAGCGCACCACUGACUUGGUGCGGGGAGCAGGAACGGGCCGAGCCGGGCUGACGAAGCGCACCACUGACUUGGUGCGGGGAGCAGGAACGGGCCGAGCCGGGCUGACGAAGCGCACCACUGACUUGGUGCGGGGAGCAGGAACGGGCCGAGCCGGGCUGACGAAGCGCACCACUGACUUGGUGCGGGGAGCAGGAACGGGCCGAGCCGGGCUGACGAAGCGCACCACUGACUUGGUGCGGGGAGCAGGAACGGGCCGAGCCGGGCUGACGAAGCGCACCACUGACUUGGUGCGGGGAGCAGGAACGGGCCGAGCCGGGCUGACGAAGCGCACCACUGACUUGGUGCGGGGAGCAGGAACGGGCCGAGCCGGGCUGACGAAGCGCACCACUGACUUGGUGCGGGAAGCAGGAACGGGCCGAGCCGGGCUGACGAAGCGCACCACUGACUUGGUGCGGGGAGCAGGAACGGGCCGAGCCGGGCUGACGAAGCGCACCACUGACUUGGUGCGAGGAGCAGGAACAGACCGGACCGUACUGGGGACACACACCACUGGCCCUACACCGGGAUCUGGAACGGGCCGGACCGGACUGGUAACACACCCCAGUACCUCUCGCCGUGCCUCUACACCUUCCAUCCCCUCUUCGACCAGUGGCCCCCGUAACCUGGCGGCCUCCUCUGCCAACCCGCUGGACCGCUCUAUCGCGGCCUCCUGUUGCCCCGACGUCGUGAGCCCCCCCCUAAAAAAUUUCUGGGGGUCUCUCCUCCCCGUGGGCCAGGCCUCUAUAGUUCUCGCCCAACUCUCGCUCUUCUGCUUCCAACUCCCGCCAUUCAGCUCCUCAAUUGGCUUGACCCAGUCUAAGCUCUUCCUCCACUGUUCCCAAGUCCACCCUCUCUGCUCCUCACUAGGCUUGACCCAGUCGAGGUUGCCACGGAGAUCUGCCAGCGAUUCCCCUGGCGAUGGCUCCUGGACACGCUGCUUGGUCCAGUUUUGGUGGGAUUUUCUGUCACGAUCGUCCAACAGAGAUGAGGACCAAGGCGCAGCGUUGCAGGCAAACAUACUCUUUAUUUAGCGUCAAAUGACCAAAACAACAAAACGAUAUCGUGACAGUUCACGGUCUAACACAAACCGACUGGAAACAAAAUCCCACAAACACGAAUGAAAAACAGACUGUAUAAAUAUGGCUCCCAAUCAGAGACAGCCAGCAACACCUGACACUCGUUGCCUCUGAUUGGGAGCCACUCUGGCCAACAUAGAAAUAGCACCCAUAGAAACAAAACACAUUGAUCUACACACCCUGGCUCAACAUAACAGCGUCCCCAGAGCCAGGGCGUGACAGAUGUCUUGAGUCUUGAGCUGUUGCUUCAAUAUAUCCACAUAAUUUUCCUUCCUCAUGAUACCAUCUAUUUUGUGAAGUGCACCAGUCCCUCUUGCAGCAAAGCACCCCCACAGCAUGAUGCUGCCACCCCCAUGCUUCACGGUUGGGAUGGUGUUCUUCGGCUUGCAAGCAACCCCCUUUUUCCUCCAAACAUAACGAUGGUCAUCAUGGCCAAACAGUUCUAUUUUUGUUUCAUCAGACCAGAGGACAUUUCUACAAAAAGUAUGAUCUUUGUCCCCAUGUGCAGUUGCAAACCGUAGUCUGGCUUUUUUAUAAUAAUAAUAUGCCAUUUAGCAGACGCUUUUAUCCAAAGCGACUUACAGUCAUGCGUGCAUACAUUUAUUUAUUUAUUUUUUGUGUAUGGGUGGUCCCGGGGAUUGAACCCACUACCUUGGCGUUACAAGCGCCGUGCUCUACCAGCAGAGCUACAGAGGACCACAUGGCGGUUUUGGAGCAGUGGCUUCUUCCUUGCUGAGCGGCCUUUCAGGUUAUGUCGAUAUAGGACUCGUUUUACUGUGGAUAUAGAUACUUUUGUAUCUGUUUCCUCCAGCAUCUUCACAAGGUCCUUUGCUGUUGUUCUGGGAUUGAUUUGCACUUUUCGCACCAGAGUACGUUCAUCUCUAGGAGACAGAACGGUAUGACGGCUGCGUGGUCCCAUGGUGUUUAUACUUGCGUACUAUUGUUUGUACAGAUGAACGUGGUACCUUCAGGUGUUUGGAAAUUGCUCCCAAGGAUGAACCAGACUUGUGGAGGUCUACAAAAAUAAAUGAUGAGGUCUUGGCUGAUUUCUUUUGAUUUUCCCAUGAUAUCAAGCAAAGAGGCACUGAGUUUGAAGGUAGGCCUUGAAAUACAUCCACAGGUACACCUCCAAUUGACUCAAAUGAUGUCAAUUAGCCUCUCAGAAGCUUCUAAAGCCAUUACAUAAUUUUCUGGAAUUUUCCAAGCUAUUUAAAAGGCACAGUCAACUUAGUGUAUGUAAACUUCUGACCCACUGGAAUUGUGAUACAGUGAAUUAUAAGUGAAAUAAUCUGUCUGUAAACAAUUGUUGGAAAAAUUACUUGUGUCAUGCACAAAGUAGAUGUCCUAACUGACUUGCCAAAACUAUAGUUUGUUAACAAGAAAUGUGUGGAGUGGUUGAAAAAACGAGUUUUAAUGACUCCAACCUAAGUGUAUGUAAACUUCCGACUUCAACUGUAACUGCACAGCGAUGAAUGCAUCAUACGUAGGGCAUUCAUGGAUAUGCUUUUUGUACUCUCUGCUCUCCCUAUACUUUGUCAUUACACUAAUAUAGCAAUAUGCCUAGCAGGUUUUGUGCAUACAAUUUGACUUUUUAGAUCUGAACUGUACAAAGGUGAGCCUCCGGACCCCUCAUCCCUUGCCAUUGAAGCUGCCUAUGCCAACUUCACCCCAGACUUAGCUCCAUUAAUCAGCACCAUGGGCAUUUCUACAGGGAAACCGCUAGUAGACUCCAUCCUUGGGAAAGUAUAG